CGCUACUCCCUGAUUUAUCCGACUUCCUUUCCCCUCUGCAAAGGGAAAGCUCCAGGGCAUAUGAAAAACUCUGUGCAGAAGAUGGUGGCAUGAGCCGGGGAAAGCUGCUAAAGCGGGGCAUCUCCAAGCUGGCCAGCAUGGAAAGAAACCCCCAGAGAGCCCAGAUGAGGCAGCGGAGACGGAAGGGCAUCAUUCCCUAUCUUGUGAUCUUCCUGAAUGAUCUAAUCCGGCUGCACCAGUGGACACACAAUGAUCUGGCUGCCUUCAAGAUCCUCCAGCAGCUGCAGUUGCUGCAGGUGACUGCCAAUAAUUUCGGUUUUCAACCGGACAAAGAAUUUCAGUCCUGGUUCCAAAGCAUGAAGCCACUGGAGUGGUACAGUAGCCACAGCUUCUCCUGGGAGCCAGAGCCACCAUUUGAAUAGGCCAACAAGAACAUCAAGGUCGAGGAGACCUGUCCUGGGACUGUGUCCACCUUUGAGCUACCUUCAUUUACUCUCCCCUGCCACUCCCUUACACCCCCUGGAAACAUGUUCAUUACUCCGCCCUGACACUCCCUUUUCCUGUCAUCUAUACUCCCUAGUCCUUGCUCCUCAUUUCUGGCUUUUACUUAG